AUGCUGGCUGCAGGUCAUCACCAGGCUAAUUCUUCUUCUUCGUCAUCUUCAUCGUUCGCUUCUAAUGGCAUUAGCAACCGACCAGCAGCAGCAGGUGGAAUAGGAGGGCCAUUUAUUGGAAGUAAGUAGUACUUGUCUCGCUUCUUGUUACUUGAACUUGGCUCGUUUCUUACUUGUUACGUUGUAGUGGUUGCCCUUGCCUGUCUAGAGUAGAUCGCAUUGCCACCUCAAGUAGAGCAUGCUACUAUUGGAAGUAGUACUAGAACCAACAACUACCACCCAGGUCUAGGGCGGCCAGGGCAACCAGGUCUAGGGCGGCCAGCGCCAGCUGCACCUCCAGGAGCUACCACAACAGGACCAUUUGCUCACGAGUUUUAUUGUAGGCCUCCCCCGCCUGGACCUGGAGCUAAUGACCGUAGCCGCAAACGUGUAAACCAAGGGCUUCCUGUUCAAGGUCGACGAGAUUACUCAAAAGAAGAAGAAUCGGCUAUCGUUUUGCAUGCGAUGACUAUGGUCUACAAUUUACACGUUUACAUUGAAUUUUCUACAGUAAAACUCUACUGCUCUACCGAGUUUACCCAUACGCCGCCCUACUCCACUGAAUUUACAGCUAGUACUUCCUUCUACAUUCCAACUCCUACAACGGGAAUUAUUUAACAAUCAUGGUAGUUCUUCAAGACUUGUGCUGGUAUUGCUGUGAAUCCUCAGUCUAAUUCUUACGAUGUAGGAACAAUCAUGUAUACAUAGAAGACGCGCCGCAAUUAUUUUUGUCAGAAGAUUUUGAACCCGCUCUGAUAUUCAAAACGCAGUAGAUUCUUCUGUUGCCUUGUUUUUCUAAGAUGAGAAAGAAAGCUCUGUAUUCAAAACUGUAAGUAGAUGUGUUUGUUCACUCUGUUUUUUUUGAUUUUUCUAACAUGAGAAAGGAAUUUCCGAAAGCCUGGCGAUGGUACACAGAUAAUAAAGAUCGCCUCGACAGGGAGGCGGCAGAUCGCGCAGUGAAUUCCAGGGAAUAUUCGAAGUUCCGAUACGCAAUGUUGGAGUAUUACUUAUGAGAUGAUCUUCUUCGGUUUUAAUGUUGUAGUCCUUCAAAUUCAAUUUUCAUCAGACGAGUAUUACUGAUGAGAUGAUAGAGAGUGAGAUGAUAGAUGAUUCGUUCUUCUCUACUACUGCUCUUAGUCGUGGCAUUUAUAGCGAAAACGAAUGAUCUUCAUCUUCUAGAUUUACUUGUGUAAUCGUCGUGGUCCCCUCCACCCCGUAAUACUACUAACUCCGUAAUACUACUACACUACUAGCUAGUAGUACAACUACUCUGUAUCCUAGUAUCCUAUACAACUAUGUACUAUCUUGAAGCAAAAGCACCCUAUUCUAUCCUACACUCUAACACAAACAAAAGAGCUUCCAGAAAUGGGAAAAGAUAAGCCGAUGAUCAAGCUAGGGGUAGAAGAUUUUCGGACAAUCCUAAGGAAUGCUACUGACAGCCAUGAUUUGAAGAAAAACGAGAGGAGACCUGACGAUAUCAAAGUUAUGAAAAAGUCGAGACAAAAAAAUAUAAACUACAACGGGUGGCCCUCCUCGUAUGUAUCGGUACGACAUUUUUCAUCAUUAUUGACGUUCUUCGGUAGUGGGACAAGUCCUCACGUUGUGCAUCAACUACUUCUCACGUUGUGCAUCAACUACUUCUUAAGAUCAUCUCACAAUCAAGGACAACAACGGACAACUUUUAAACCACAUAUACGCACGACUCCUCAACAAGAACUGCAUUACACCCAAUCAUUGUCGCCAGUAUUUUUUUCGCAGUGCUUAGUUACCAUUUCUUCACCUUAUACGAGACAAGCUGGCUGCACUUAAUAAACUUAACAUCGUCAAGAACUGCAUUACACCCAAUCGCAACAAAAUUAGAAUGAUCUGUCUCGAACUGAAUUACACACAACAAGAAAAGACUCAAAUCGUCCUCUAACAGAAGCAAGUGGAACAGACACCUCGCGGAGCCAACGGGAGGAGCGCUACACUGCGGGGCGUGGUUCUGGAUGCAUGCGAUUAUUGCAAGAGGCAGAUUUGAUGCGUUUGAUCGAUCAUCUCAAGGGGGGCGCUGACCGAUCAUCUCAGGAAGGGCGUUGCUUGCUUCUUUUUUGGUGGAGAUAAAAUAAAUGAUCUUCUAGCACUCGUUCUCACUUCUUCAACUACUUCUAAUCUAUAUCUUUGUGGAGAAGAUAUCAAUUGUAAUAUAGAUAUACGCGAUGAAGAUGAAACUGUACACUGAAAAAUGGCCUCAUAGGCAGAAACUUCUAAAUGCUACAAAAGAGAUGCUAGAUGAAGACCAAAUGAAACCACUGGAAAGAAAAGGUAGAAGACAUCAAGGUGUAAUCGCUGUUGAAAAAUGAGUUAUCAUCGUGACGAACGAC